CCCAGGCGUUGCUUCCUGGGAGGCGUUUGGCGACGGUUGAGCGGCAAGAUGAGCGUCUUCUCGCGCCUCAGGAACGGAAUCCCGCCGUCGCGCGACGACUGCCAGUCUCCCUAUGAGCGACUGAGUCAACGGAUGUUGGACAUUUCUGGGGACCGAGGUGUGCUGAAGGACAUCAUCCGAGAGGGCGCUGGCGACACCGUAACUCCCGAUGCUUCCGUGCUGGUGAAAUAUUCUGGAUACCUAGAGCACAUGGACAAGCCUUUUGACUCUAAUUGCUUUAGGAAAACACCUCGGCUGAUGAAACUUGGAGAAGAUAUUACACUCUGGGGCAUGGAGCUGGGGCUUCUAAGCAUGCGCAGAGGGGAACUGGCCAGGUUCCUGUUCAAGCCAACCUAUGCUUAUGGCACCCUGGGGUGUCCGCCCCUCAUCCCUCCAAAUGCCACUGUCCUGUUUGAGAUUGAGCUGAUUGACUUCCUCGAUUCUGCUGAGUCGGACAAAUUUUGUGCACUCACGGCUGAGCAGCAAGAACAGUUUCCACUUGAGAAGGUCCUCAAGGUAGCAGCAACGGAGAGGGAGUUUGGCAACUACCUUUUCCGCCAGAAUCGCUUCUGUGAUGCCAAAGUGAGAUACAAGCGGGCCUUGCUGCUGCUUCACCGACGCUUGGCAAUCUGUAAGGAGCAGCACCUGGUGGAGCCUGCUGAGCUUCUAGUCCUCCUUAACCUGUCUUUUGUGUACCUGAAGCUAGACCGACCAGCCAUGGCCCUGCGUUAUGGGGAGCAGGCUCUGCUCAUUGACCAAAGGAAUGCCAAGGCCCUCUUCAGGUGUGGACAGGCUUGUCUCCUUCUAACUGAGUAUGAGCAGGCCCGGGAUUUUCUAGUGAGAGCUCAGAAGGAGCAGCCCUGCAACCAUGACAUCAAUAAUGAACUGAAGAAGCUGUCCAGCCACUACAGAGACUACGUGGACAGAGAGAGAGAGAUGUGUCACCGGAUGUUUGCUCCCUGUGGGAGCAGCUCCUCGGUGGGAAGAAACUGAAGGUUUGUCAGCCACUGCAAGCAAGAAGAGUGUCAGUGAACUCCUCCAUCAUACUGCAGUUGGAGAUGGACGGAGCUCCCUAAUUCAGACUGCUCCAGCCACCCUGGAAGACAGCAGCACUGCUGCCAGCCUGCUUCUCCAGGUUCAAACUCGGUAACAAAAGGUAGUCCUGACAGCAGCAAGCUGUUCUGGAAAGUAGGUUACGUGUGUCUCCUUGGCUUAGUUCCCAGCCCUAACCCCUUUCCAACUGCUGAUGUCAGAGGGUCAGUACAGAGAGAAAUGGCUUUGUAUAUUGUUG